CCACAAAUAACUACAACAAAUGACUAGAACUGUUAUAGUCGAGUGGCUAGACUACAGCCCACUGUACAUUACCAGAGACUUGGAGCCGUAACAAAAUCACAAAGAGUGAGUGAAAAUAAAUCGAUUGGUUUAUACAAGUUCAUCACAAAGAUAUUUGAUUUGGGAUAAGUGGUACGGUGAAACAUUGGACACCGUCUUUUAAUGCUUCACUACUUUAAUUUACUGGUACAGUUUACACUAUCAGGUUUUCGAGAGUUGACAAUGUAUGGAGGUUCUAUGUCUGGUAAAGAUGAUGAGUACGAUUAUCUGUUUAAAGUUGUACUAAUCGGAGAUUCGGGUGUCGGGAAAAGUAACUUACUCUCACGUUUCACAAGAAACGAGUUUAAUUUGGAAAGUAAAAGUACGAUCGGUGUUGAGUUCGCUACAAAGAGCGUGGAAAUUGAUGGAAGGACUAUAAAGGCACAGAUCUGGGAUACUGCUGGUCAGGAACGUUAUCGAGCUAUAACAGCCGCCUAUUACCGUGGUGCUGUCGGUGCGCUGUUGGUUUACGAUAUCACAAAAAGAGAGACUUUCAACAAUUUGGAACACUGGUUACUCGAGUUGCGAAACAACGUAGAACUAGAUAUGGUCGUUAUGUUGGUUGGUAAUAAGUGUGACCUUAGACAUCUUCGAACUGUAUUAACGGAAGAUGCGAAGCUUUGGGCUGAAAGGCAAGGACUAUUCUUCAUGGAAACGUCAGCUUUGGAAUCCACCGGGGUUGAAAGUGCUUUCUAUUACAUUCUUAAAACCAUUUUCGAAGCUGUCCGUUCACAUCCUCCAGUGAGUAAUGUCGACAUGAAAAUGUCUCCAUAUAAUCAACCCAUUGUUUCAUCGAACACAGACAAUUCAAACAGUGGACGACGGUGUUGUAGUUAGAAACAAGGGAAUAAUCAAAUAAUUUGUUUCCAUUUUGCAUGAAGAGAAUUGAUUAAUUAUUUUUCUGUAAACUAUUAUUGUUAAUAAAUUGAUUGAUUGAUUGAUUGAUAUCAGUAAAUCGACAACAAAUCGAUGGAUAGAAUGUUUAUGAUAAAUGUAAAUUAGUGGUGGUUGCUGUUGUCUUUCUUGUUUUUGACGUUAACGAUUACUGAUUCGGUCGCCACUGUCUCUACUUAUUCAUUAUUUAUUUUGUGUGGAUGAAAUCAUUUGCAUUGACUUUUGUUUUGUGCACAUUUUCACUUUUCACGUGUUCGGUUGUGUGUGCGUGUGUGUUUGUGAAUUCAAAGGAGAGAAUGAAGAAGUGAAGGCGAGUUGUUGUUGUUGUAGUAGUAAUGGAGCAGUGUUUCAAAUGCUUUCCUUCCCUGCCCCUUCCAUAGCAGUUUUAACUUAUUUUACACCAGUGUAAAAUGUGAAUGAGCAAAGUGAACACUGAAUCUUUGUUGUGUGCAUCAUAUGAGAGAAGUGAUCUGAUACAGUCAUGAAUGGUGACGAUUGAGUAAGUUGUUAAUGAGCUAAGUGGGAGACCACACUACAAUGACAUUGCAAUCAUCAUCAUCAUCACUACAAUUUAUUGUUUGUGCAUGUGUACAGCUGCGUUCUUCCCAGUUCAUUACUUAAUUGAUAACUUUCUAGUGAACUGUAUAGUAUCUAUUAACAAGAAUAAUUCUAAUUGAUGACAUAGACAUGCAUACUGACUUAUACACGUACACACAUUUCCACGGCACUAUUCUUUUGUUCAUUGUCUAUCACUAUUGUAUUUUCACGAAAUGAAUACUUGUUUGUUUUGUUAAUAUGUGCAGAACAGAUUGUUUUGUAUGACGCUGUAAACUGUGUUUCUCCUUGCUGUGAAUUUCAUUUUAUACUAACUGUAUUGUUAUUGAACUAUGCCAGAUGAUAAAUAAGCUGACACACUAUAUUUUUAGUGAAAAUACUAGUAAUAGAUGAGAAGGAACUGGAUCUUCAGUAGAAAGUCAAUUUUUCCAGUUUUAUCUCUUUUAAACAAAAACAAACAAACAAAUUUGUAUUAUAUGUAUUAUGAUGUGAACUGUGUUUGCAAAUGAACUAAUUUUUCUCUUCUUAUCAACAUAAAUUGAUUUUUCUACCUAGAGUCGGUGUGUUUUGUAGUUUUUGCUGUUGUCAUGUGGUGGGAUAGAAGUUUUCGGCAAUACGAUGUUAGUAAGCAGACUAAGGAAGAACUGCACAAUUCAUCCUAAUGUGAAAUUCAGUUUAGGUGUUUCGUCGUGAUUUUGCUGCCUAUGAAUUUAUUAGAUGACUGUGCAGUGUUAAACACGGGAAGUGAAUGUGCAUAAGGUUCUUUUGAUAGUGUUAGUGAGUCAUGCGCAGAGCAGGACGUAACACGAUUUUGUAUUGGUGGAAGUUGUCACAUCUCAUGAGUAUAGCGAGAAAUCAGAUUGACAGAAAUGGUGUUAGUAUCAAUGGUAGUUGUGAAAGUGAAGUAUGGAGAAUGAGUGGCGAAAAAUGCACCGAUCAGUUGGAUAAGAUAGUAUAAAAUAAUUUUGAAAUUGAAGACCCCAGGGAAGACAGGAUGGAUACGUCAGCAUGAUUGCUGCCAAUUGUGAGUCAUAUCACCCGAAAUGUGCGCCCACUGGUCGUGGUUAUCACGAUGACUGAAGGCCGUUAGUCUGCGUCUACCGAUACAGCUCUUUUCAACAUUAUGAUUUGUGUGCCCCUAUCUUUCAUGAUGAUGUGUCGAACUGUCAGUUAUCAGGGAAUCACAGGCAUGAAAAUCUAUAUGAUUAUUGACAUAGUUAUGACACAUGGGUUCAUUUGUAACGAAGAAAUAACUGACUCACACUGAACCACGUAGAAAUCGCGAACUAGUCUUCUUGAUUUCGAGAUUCUGCAAUAUAUUUGUGGAUUUGUUAUAAAAGUGGAUUUUCAACAACUGUUUGCAGGGUGUUUAGACUUUUGCAAGGUGGUUCUUAAGUAUUUCUGUUAAAAUAACUAUUGAAGGUAAUCAUCUGCCUAAAGAAUAAAAAUAAAUCUUACUGUUGAUGUGUAUGGUUGACGACUUGAAGUUUCCAUUGUGGUAUGAAACAGCAAUUGACUUGCAUUUGUUGGACUUCCGUCAUGUAGAUAGUGAGACUAUUCAAUGUUUUUGCGUUUUGCAUUUCAGUGCGAACUCAUCUUUCUAGUGCCUACCUUGAAUAGUCUACUUAUGAGUAUUUGUGUUACUGAGUUACUGGAGAGUCGUAGUUGCAAGAUUUCUGAAUCGUGUAAGAAACAUCUAAUGAGUGCUAUGGUUCCGUUGACUCCAAAAAGGUGAAAUUCUAUUCCCUGACACAACUGGACUUAAAUCACUCACUUUAUAGAUUGAUGUAGUCUAGUUAUGUGAUGAUUAUCAGUUAUUGAUAGUAAAAUCGGAAGCUGUGUGAAUUUCUUGAAACAGGAACCCACUGAGAUUUGAAAACUUACUGUCCGUUCAUGAAAACAUUUUUGGUCUCACAAAUUGUCCACAGAUCGGUCCACUAAUAGUUCCUGAUGUCUUUUCCUAGAGGCCUGAUCAGUUUCUCACAGAUAUACGUUGAUUUCUUUCUAUGCAUUUGUCACAUGUCAUUUAUAAUUAGUUGAUUAUCACACACAAGUGAGACACGUAGAAAACUAUCGCCUUGUAUUUUAUCAAAGUUUCAUGUGAUCCCUUAAAAUUCAUUGUGACAUAUACGAUCCUGAAGUAACUUGGUGUUGUUCUUUUGUGAUUGACCGGAAACAUUUUGUGCAACUAAUUUCCCGAUGAUUCAUUUCUAUCAACAUCAGUGUAGUUGUGUAAGGAAGUGCAGUUUAACAUGAGUCUCGACGGUGUUUACUUUUUCUCUGAUAUUCUGUAAGUGGUUUGUUGAUUUGCCGACUAUAACCGGUAUUUAAGUGAGUGUUGUAAUCCGUUCAUGGUCAUCUAUAUUGUCUCUUCCCUAUGUGUGCUAUUGAAAGCCAAUGUGACUGGUCAAUGAAGAUGGACAAACAGGAACUCAGCUAACAGACCAUGAGUUAUGUGACAUUCAUGCAAAGUGGUCAAUCGAGAAUUGAUCAACAAUAGAGUGGUUAAUUAAUAGUAGAUAGAAUUUGGAUUAAUUAAAUGACAGGUCAUUGUAAAACAUUGAGUAUUUGAAUAAUAGGAAGAGAAGUAUACAAACUUGUGGUAGGUCGGAUUUAAACGCCACGUUCUCGGUGCAUCUUAGAUACAGUUUUAUUUUUUGAUGUAUUAAUACACUUUAUUAUCCACGAAAGAUCUAUCCAUCCUUGACAUUUGCUACUGACCAAAUGUGUAUUUUUCCGCCAUUUGACAACCGAUUGCCUCCAUUAUGAUCUAUUUGUUUUCAGUAAUUAUUCAUGAACCAGUCUCGAAGUGGUUUAACUUUUCUCACAGUUUUAUAGAAUUAAAUUCUAUCGCUAUUAUCUCUAUGCAUGAGAAGUUCCAUUCUUUGAAUGUAUAUUAAUAUCAGAAUGUGUUCUAUGAGUAGGUCAAGUCCGGACAUCUGACAUUCUGUCAGUGAUAGGCGAAUACAGUCAGGCUAUGAUAAGUGAUGGAGUUGUAUUUACUUGUAUGCAUCAAUGCUGCAGUAGAAAGUAACACAAUAUUCCCACUUAGUUUUCUGUCUUCUAUUACUCUGAAUAGUUAGGUUGGUUAAGUAUAGAAGUGUAUGUUAUUAACUGGAUUGAACAGCAACACACAACGUAAAUUCAAUCCAGGAGUCAUCACCACUACUGAACUAUUCAAGUGAAGUGUCCUGUGCUUUCCAUAUGUAAUCCUUACUACUACUAUGACUAUUCCGUACAGUUUCCAACCAACCAUAAUAUUCUAUCUACUUACCAUGGUUUGUUGAUAAUUUGCUCAGGGCAGGGUUGAAUGGAGAAUGUUGGUGAGCGGCCUAUGCUCCUUCACGAGGAGUAACAGGCGAAAGUAAAUGAUUGAUAACUAACAUUUGCUCACCAUUAUUCACACAAUUGUAACCACGACUAUAAACUGUAAGUAAUAUGGUUGAUCACUUCAUAAAAUUCAAUAGUCAUUCACAAAAUUCUCUUGGAAACAAAUUUGUCAUUGUGUAGUUCAUGUCAAUAUUAUUAGAAAGAAGCACAUACAAUCACAAUAGAUGGUACAUGUAUACACACAAAUAGUUUAGUAUUAUCUUUGUUGAGCACAUCAAUUAAUCGACAUGAUCGAUCGAUCGAUCAACUAAUCAUUGGCACUAUGAUACAUAUGAAAAUCAAUUGUAUUUAUCGAUCUUCCCCUUGAGUGAUACCGACAACAACAACUACUACUACCGUCAAGGUCAUUACGCUUGCCUUGUUUAACCAGAGUGUUAAUCGAACCAGUGAUGAUGUUUCAUGUCAAUCAGAGUAAUGACACUGUAUACAGAAAUCUAGUCCAUAUUCAAUGUAGAUGAUCAUUUCAGGUAUUUAAAUUAUGCAGAAAAUGUUGAAUAAGAACAGAACAUUAAUGUAACCAGUAAUGAUGAAGUGAACUAAUUCAGGACAGAAUGAAUUGGAGAGUAUUUUAUGAAUUAUUGAUUGGUUGACAUGAUAUUAUGUAAUAUUAAUUAAGUGAUAUAUAUAUUUUGAAACUUCAAUGCUGAAAUUCACCUAAACCAUUGUGUAAUAGUAUCUAUCUAGUGGUGUAGUAUGCUACUAAUAUCUGUUGACAUAAGUAGUAUGUGGUGUCAGUAGUUGUUUGAUGAUCUAAUGAUACAAAUUAUGUUAAUACAGAAAUAUAUUAGUAAGAGUAUUUACAAGAAAGAGAAUGCGACCACCACCGCGUAGGUCAGUUCGUGAUGCGUCUGGUCUAAGUUGGCUAACAGUUGCAACGGGUGUGUAGCACGGUAUACACAGUCGUUAUCUGGUUUCGAAGCAUGACCGAGCGCCUUCAGCUAGGUGCAUAUAGUGAAACUAAUGCGGCCAUCAUCAAAUGUCGGAGACAUACAGAGUUAUUUAUUUUGAGGAUUUAUUUAUCGCUACACUGACGAACGUGCUACUUUGGAAAUUCAAAACUAAUCCAAACAUAACGGCACAAUUCUCAGCAUUCAUUAACUAUCAAUUUGAAUGAAGUCACGGCAACUAAGUGUACGCUUUACUUAUUGACUAAAUAUACUGAAAUGAAAUCAAAGAUGUUUUAUAAUGGUGAAAUAACAAUGAGAAUGCUGAGAACAAACGUAAUCAAAUCUCUAAAAUCUAAUGGAUAUACAAAUGUAGUUGGUUAAUCAUGUAUCCUUGUAAAUUUUCAAUGUUUCUAGAACUUCACUCUCUCUGUGUCUCAUAAACAAUGAGAAUAAAUUUGCUUUGAAUUCAAACAUGACCUAUUCUUAUGCAUAGAAGUUCAUACCAAACUUAGUUAUUGUUGUCAUGUCGACGAUAGAAACAAAUGGUAAACAAAACUAUUCACUAUGUGAAGAACAAUGAUGUUCAGUGUAUGGUGUAAAUUAGUUGUUCAUUUCAAAAGAAAUAAAUGAGUUGGUAACUGUAUAAAUGAUUUUUGUGAUGAGCUUCAAGUGAAAACUUCGCCAUAUGAUAUUCUUAGAUUCUUCUAAUUGUUGAUGUCAUUUGUGCUAUUCUACUUAUCGACUAGUUAUUUCACUGAUUGUUUGAUGCAUCUGAUUUGUUUGCACCGUUCAGUAAUUGUUUAGUGAACAGUUUCACACACACAAUUCUAUCGAUUACUUGUUGUGUGUGUGUGUGUGUGCGUGUGAAUGUAUUUAUGUGACUUCUAAUGUAAUUAAUCCGAUUUAUUGUAUGUGACAGUAUGUAGUUUGAAGGAAGUAAGGGGAUUCUGUAGACUUAUGUAUUAUUGUUACACAUACUUGGGUUUAAGGUGAAGUAACAAUUUGGAAGAAAUCGAUGGCUGUUUCAGAGAACUCUGUAGUUCGAAUUAUUGCUAGUGAAGCGUAUAAACUGCGGUUCACCAAUAUUUAAGGAUCAAACGGUAAACGAUACAAACAACUUGAUAUGUAUGGUAUUCAGGUGAAUUACUUGUCAAGUAAUGUAUCUGAUUAUCAAUCGAUUUGUAUUGAGAACUUAUGAUUAACUUCAUGUUUUAUGACGACAUCUUCGAUAAACGCAGUUUUCUCAUGAUCAACAUUCUUGAUUAUGUUCUAAUUUAUUAAUAACUAACAAUUAUUUGUUUUCUAGAAUAGAUGGAGUAUGGCUAGUAGUGAAAUAAAUGACAUGUGUGUUUCAUUCUGUUUGGAACUCAUAUUUAGCUGUAUGUAUCUGUACUCCAGAACUGAUGUUCAUUGUGAAACUCGAACUCUUUACUAUUUGCUUUGAACACCACAAAAUUGUCCACUUAGCUACUGAGCUGAUGACUUUUAAAUCGGACAAAACGCGUUUCCUGGAUUAUACUACUAGCCACAUUCUAUCUAUUCUACAUGAACGUGUGUUAUAAGUGCUUAUUUGGACUAUUGUGUGCAUCGAGUUAUUCAAUUUGCCACUAGUUUUCAUUAUAUUUAGUAAAAGAUAGAAUAAAUGAUUUAGCAUAAAUCAUUCGUGUGAGACAGAUUAAUGAGACUCAUCAACUUUUCAUAGUCAACAUUUUAGAAAGUAUUUCAGAAGAAAAUCGAUUAUGCUCUGUCAAAAUGAUGCUGAACCUUGAUGAGAAGGUGUAUAUUGUAGUUCAUUCGGUAGUACACCAUGAGUAAUGAAUAGGUAAUACAUUAAUGUAAGCUUCUAUAAAACUUAUCUAAUAGACAUGUCUAUAUUAAUAUUAUAUCUCGUUGAGAAUAAUGACUGAUAACUGUUGGGAUUAAUUUCUGGACUGAUAUUACACAUAUAUAUUCUUAUUGUAUAACUAUUGAGUAACUUAAUUAUUCGUAUUUGUGUUCCUUUUAUCAUGAGCUUUAUCUUGAUCUAUGAACUAUUAUUAUACGAUUUACCAUUCUUAAGUUAUGCCCAAUCUACCAAUUACUAUCUCCCUCAUUCACAGCCACAUUUAGCUAGAUCU